AUAUCGCAGGCGUGUUUGGUCACGCCCACAGGCGGAGCUGACACAGUAAGUUUCCUUUCUUAAUAAAUCCAUUAUUCUAGGUGGGGUCUGAAUAAAGUCUGAGCUGUCAGAGAGGAGAAAUCACUAAUGCUGAGAGUGAACUCAACGUCUGACAAGGACAAUUUUCUUUUUUCUUCAUUGUUGAACUAAAUCGUCCUCUGUCUGAUCAUGCAGACACAAAUAGAAUAUGAAGUAAAAAUUAUAAAAAGUAAGCAUUUGAGGCUGAAUGACCUGAAACAGGAAGCCCAGGAUUCCUAUUUGUACAAGAAAUAUCUGCACAAAGAAGACAUCCCUGCAUAUCCCCGACCGGCGCUUCAUGUGUCUUGUCUGAAACACGACACAAACCGACAGGGUUUAUGCGGGAUCAGGGCUGACGAAGGCUUCAAGGCUCCUCAAAAACUCUCCCUGGUGUGGUGGAGUCUGGCCGUGAGGCCCGAGGAGAUCCAGUCGGCUGAGACGAGGCUCCUGGAUGAAACCUACCCAAAGCGGACGGAGGAGCAGGCCGCGAAGCAGGAGGACUUCCUGUGGAGGUUCGCCUCCUCUCCAGCCUUCAGUGAGAAGUCCAGGUAUGGCUCAUACCGCUUCACCUUCCCCGUGGAGGAGGUGCUGACCGCCUACAGCGAGCAGUUUUGCUCCGGAGAUCCGCCCAUCAUGAGGGUGUUUGAGACAAAGCUGUUCAAACAGGAAGUGGAGUACGCUGUGCUGGUCCACAGCCCAGCCAAUCAGGAGCUCUUCUCAGAGUAUCCUUUGUUUUUGUAUGAUGACCCGAACGCAGUCUGCACUUACAGAGACGGACGUUUCGUCUGGAGACCAGAGGCCAUGUGUGAGACACACAGUUAUGCGUUGAUCCAAAGACCUGAUGAAAACCAGAUGACCGCUCGGCCCUUGAGUAGGCGGCCUCCAUUUUAUGUUUGGGAUCAUGUCGCACUUGCUCUGCAUGUGGAAAACGGACAG